AUGAACUUCUUUGCUCCUCCUCCUACUCUCACAGCAGAACUUGUAGCUACUGUACCACAAGAAUUAUAUGCCACGACAGAAACAGAAUGGUUGCAUCCGAGUACAGGCAGAUCGCCAUCUAUCUUCCUUGAAGGAAUAACAACAGACCCUCAAGGUAAUAUAUUCGUGGUCGACGUACCUUAUGGUCAAGUGUUGAAAUACCAACUCAAAUCUAAAAAAUGGACGAAAAUUAGUCAAUGGGAAGGUGAACCUAAUGGUUUGGCAGUGAGGGAAGAUGGCAUGCUGGCUGUUGCGGAUUAUAAGGAGGGUGUGUUACUAUUAGACCCCUCAAAUGGAAAAAUCUCGAAAUUAAUAACCCGACGGAACAUGGAAGGCUGGAAAGGUGUCAACGACCUCAUUUUCUCCUCUACCGGAGAUCUAUACUUCACAGAUCAAGGUCAAACAGGCAUGUCAGACCCCACAGGAAGUGUCUACCGUCUUUCACCUGAAGGUAGACUCGACACUCUGCUCAGUAAUGGACCCAGUCCGAAUGGUCUUGUUCUCACUCCGGACGAACGUGCUUUGUAUGUCGCUAUGACUAGAGAGAACUCGGUCUGGCGUUGUCCAUUACAUCCUGAUGGAACAACAACAAAAGUGAACAAAUUUUUCUCAUCAUUCGGCACUGCCGGACCCGAUGGAAUGACAGUCGACGUGAAAGGAAAUCUUUUCAUCUGUCAUCCUUCCCUCGCCUGUAUAUUUGUUGUAGAUCCCCAUGGUCUACCCAAAGCUCGUAUUGUUAUGCCCACCGUUGGACCCGGACCGGCAACCGUAACGAACUGUAUUUUCGGUAGCACCCCUGAAGAUCGCAAUCGAUUGUAUUUCGUCUGCGCAAUGACUGGAGAGAUUUAUGGUGUGGAUUGGGAAUGUGAAGGGGCCAUACCAAUCCGUAUGACCAAAGAAGCGGCGUAA